AAGAAACUACAACAAUAUGGCUGUCAGAAUAUCGGAAAUUUUUAACUCUUUUCAGGAUUAUUUAAACAAUGAAGAGGAAUUGCGUGAGGUUAAGAUACAUUGACACUAUAACCUUACUAUUGUAAAUUUUUUAAAGUAGUGCAUUGUAAUAUUAAUUAAAGACAUGCUAUAUACAAAAAAAUAUACUAAAAUGUUUUUUUGUGUCAAAGGAAAUCCGUGCUAUUGUAAGAAAUCUUGAAAAGAGUGCCAGAGACAUUUUGAUGAUAUUACAAAACAUACAUAAUGAAAAUAACAUGGAAGAAAACAUAAUAGUAUCUCAGUAUUGUGUAACAUCAAGAGAAUUAUUUAUAGAUGUACGUAAAAAUUAUGCAAAAUUGGCAGAAGUUGUACCGCAAGAUCAAUAUUACAGAUUUCAUGAACAAUGGCGUUUUGUCACGCAAAAAUUAUGUUUUUUAGCUUCUUUAAUAAUAUAUUUAGAAAUUAAAGUUUUGGUUACUAAAGAAACUGUUGCAGAAAUAUUAGGAGUUAAAAAUAAUAGAGAAGAUGGUUUUCAUUUGGAUUUAGAAGACUACUUAAUGGGUUUAUUACAAUUGUCUGCAGAACUAAGUCGUUUUGCUAUAAAUAGCGUUACCAAUGGUGAUUAUAAUCGACCUAUAGAAAUAGCACGAUUUGUAAAUGAUUUGAAUGCAGGCUUUAGACUUUUAAAUUUGAAAAAUGAUUCUCUAAGGAAACGUUUUGAUGGCUUAAAAUAUGCUGUUAAAAAAGUGGAAGAAGUAGUUUAUGAUCUUAGUAUACGGGGUUUAAAACCAUCUCCAGAUUCAUUUACUGAAAAAGGAGAAUAAUUAUUUUUAAAAAAUAAUAAUUUUAUAUAAGUAAUAUAUAUCAUCACGUAUAAUAAAUUAUUGAAGCAAU